AUGGAUGUUAAAUUUGAAUCCAUUUCACCCGGAAUUUAUGAAGUUGUAUGGGAAAUGAACAUUUACAAUUUACAAAAGGCUCAAAAAUUUCAAUUUGUAACCAAAAUCUUCCACAAGAAUUAUGAUUUAAAGGAAUACUCUUACAAUCCGCCCCCGGAAGCAUUUAAAAAAAUUUCAGAUAAAGGAUGGUUUAAAUAUAGAGCACCCAAAAGGAUUAUCAUCGAUAAGGAUCAAAUUAUUUCUACCAAAUUCAUUGGUCAUGCCAAAAUGUGUUUUAGCAAUCCACAAGAGUGGCCGGCACCUAUGGUAGGUACUUUAAUGAUUUUAUUCUUUUUCGCGAAUUAUUGA